AUGGCGCUAUUCACAUUUGACCACGAUGAUGGCCGCUUUGCAGGGGGCAAUACACCAGCAAGCCCUGCUGCGCCCAAGAAAGACAUUGAAGUUGCCUUGAGCGAGCAAAUGGAGCUCGACGGACCAAAGGUGCCCGUCGCUAUUGGAACCCCGCCUAUCGCCAUCGCUUCCCCCAUCCCCAGGCGUCUCGUCGCACCGAGCGUAGAGGGGAGGCUGCCUGGCCCCGAGAAGCUGAAUUUCGAAGCAAUGAAGAGGAAGAAGACCAGCAACAAGAAAAAGAAGAAGAAGGGAAACCCUGCUUCCGCCAUGUCUACGGUGCAUGGUUUCGAGACCCCGACUGCAUCAGGAGGGGAGGAAUCCGACUUUUCGGCCGCGACCACCCCUCGCUUUGGCCCCUCCCGCUCUGGCCUUCCCAGCAUUACUAGCAGCCCGGCUCUUCGACCAACUUCGGCUGCUAGCGGAAUCGGCAAUCUCAAGCAGCAGUUGGAAGCGCUGAACAUAAGCUCCCGCAACGGCUACCCCAGUGGCGCGUUGAGGUCGGGCAUUUCAAGCAAUGCUAGUGUUUCCAACUGGAGCGACAGUGAUCGCACCGAAAUGGACAGUUACGAGGUUCCUUUGGAUGAGGACUUCAUUAGUCCUGAUGUCAACUCCAAGCCAUCGACAAUGUUGACGACCAGCGUCGCGCGGAAGAUGACGUCUGCAGACUUUGAACCUCUAGUCUGUUUGGGAACUGGCAGUUUUGGGACUGUUCACUUGGUGAAGCAGCGCGCCACUGGCCGUCUGUAUGCGCAGAAGCAAUUCAAGAAGGCGUCCCUCACGGUGCGCAAGAAGCUCAUUGAACAGACCAAGAACGAGCGUGCCAUUCUCGAGAGCGUCAAUCGACACCCGUUCAUCGUCAAUCUAUACUACGCAUUCCAGGACCACGAGAAGCUGUAUCUCAUCUUGGAGUAUGCCCAGGGUGGGGAGCUCUUCCAUCACCUCGCCACCGAGCGUAUGUUCAACGAAGACACCGCUGCCUUCUACAUGGCGGAAAUGGUUCUUGCUCUCAACUACUUGCACAGGACCGUCGGCGUCGUCUAUCGCGAUCUCAAGCCCGAGAACUGCCUGCUUGACGCCGAAGGUCACCUGCUCCUCACCGAUUUCGGUCUGAGCAAAGUCGCUCUCGAGGAAGAAACAUGCAGGUCCAUGGCGGGAACAAUCGACUUCAUGGCCCCCGAAAUCCUCAAGGGAGACGGUUACGACCACGCCGUCGACUGGUGGUCUCUUGGUUGUCUCGGGUACGAUCUGCUCACCGGCUCGCCCCCCUUCUCCGGCCACACCCACCGCCGCAUCGAAGACACCAUCGUCCAUCACAAGAAAAUCAACAUGCCCUACUACCUCUCCCAAGACGCCAAAGACCUCCUCACUCGCUUCCUGCGCAAGGACCCGCGCAAACGUCUCGGCGGCAACAUGCCAAAGGACAUCAAGACUAUCAAAGCCCAUCGCUUCUUCCGCAAACUAGACUGGAAAAAGCUGGAAGCUAGAGAGCUCGAACCUCCCAUCAUCCCGCUCAUCACCGACCCUGAACUCGCAGAGAACUUCUCUGAUGAGUUCACUGCUCAACCGCUCCCUAGCCCUGUCAUGAGCAGGUUGGCGGGCGACGAGUUGGCGUUGGAUGCAGAUGUCGACUCGUUCAACGAGAAGAAUCCUUUUGGCGGGUUCAGCUUCGUGGCUAGUUCGAGCUUGUUGAAUGAGGGGUUUUGGGGUGAGAAUUGA